CAUUCCAUCCACUUCAAAUUUACAUUUAAUUGAUUGAUACCUGGGGUGUGAAAAAAAAAAGAGUGAAAAGAAGAAGAAGAAAAUGGGAAUACCAAUGGAAAUGAGAGACGCAUGGGUAAAUAAUAGAAAUAGAAAGAAUCAAAGUUAUAAGAAUAAAGAGAUGAUAAUAAUUCCUUCUCCUGAAGAAGAUCUUAAGUUUCUCAGAUCACAGAUGUGUACUCAAGAAGGAGUUCGUGCGGGAGUUAGGUCAGCUUCCAUCGCAUGUGUCGCCAGUGCUAUUCCUACGUUGAUUGCUGUUCGAACAAUUCCAUGGGCAAAGGCAAACCUGAAUUAUACUGCUCAGGCACUCAUCAUAUCUGCUGCAUCAAUUGCAGCAUACUUUGUCACUGCUGACAAGACCAUCUUGGAGUGUGCAAGGCGAAACACACGCGAGCUCUAUAAUAAGCCUUCUUAAAGAGAUGACAACUGUUACACAACUCCUUGGUCCAUUGAGUUUAAGCUUUCUGGGUUGCGUGCACCUUCUGCCAUACCGUUUUGUCUAGCAGUGAGAUGCCUAAAGUUCAAUAUGUGUUCCUAUUUAAUAGUUCACUUGAUAUGUCGUUAGAAGGUCAACUUUUUACGCUUUUAUGGUUCAAGUUUAAAGCAAGUCUAUAAUAAGGAUUCUCUGGCAGUCUAGCUUGUUUUGAAUGAACUUACAUUUCCUUCUCC